AUGUCUCACGACUUUUCCAGUCUUAACGGCCAGGGUACUGUCCCUGCAUUCCCUGGUCUAUCAGCUCGAAGCAUCCCGGAAAACCCAGAUAUUCAACGUGAGACUCUCCGUUUGCUAGUGCAGUAUUCGAGGGUCUCUCUGCCACAAAAUCCGUCAACCCCGGACACCUCUGGCCAUACCAGAGACGAGAUCCGAGAUGCCUGGCAAACUCCGCGAACAGAAGUCCAGCCUAGUGAGACAUCACCCCGAUUCACGCGUUCCUCAAGUGGCAGCCAUGCCACUCAACCUUCCCCUUCUCGCUCUGUCGCUCCUUCCUCUAGCAGUCCAAUUCGAGUUCCCCCUCGCACAUCUUCACGCGCUUCCUCCCGCGCACCUUCCCGGCUUACAUCUCCUCAAUCUGUCUCUGUCUCUUCCUCGCAUGGUAUCUCUCCCAGUCAUCGCGAGCGCCAACGGACGCUUAGGGAGAGUGUGGCAAUCUCAAAUGCCAAUAGGAAGGAUGAGACAGUUGCACCUAUAUCAAAGCAGCACUUCUCUUACCCACCAGACACCAUGUUAUCUGCCUCCAGGUCAUCUGACUCCUCGCGGUCAAUAUCCCCGACUGCCGAGCAAAGUUCCAUUCGUCGUUCUAGUCGAAAUAGAGUCCAACCAACCAACUAUUACGCCAAUCCUUGGGUCAAUGUUUCCAUUGACUCCGAAGAGCUAGGCACAAACGUCGAAGCUAUUUUGGACACCGUGGCGUCUUCUCCACAGGAGCCGUGUCGCGUUUUGCCCCGUCGUGCGAAUAUUCAAAAGCUGCUGUACAACCGUGAGCUCGGAGGCGGAAAUCAUCUCCCCAUUGUCACCGAUGUAGUCUCGGACCUGAGACCAUGGAAAUCAUGGCAAGGCGCUUCGGGGGAUCUGCUUGUUCUGGCUUGGUCGCCUGAUGGUACUCGGUUUGCGGCGGGCGCCGCAGCUAAAUCAGACGAACAUAAUAUGCAGUACAACAAGGCCAACAAUCUUCUCUUAGGCGAUCUGCAGAGCAAUCGUUUGAAGGAAAUUCCGGACCAUUGGGUUCCACGGCCAACAUCAUCAACAGUUGAUGAUCCCCGGCUUUUCAUGAGCGUCAAUAACAUGCAGUGGAUUGGCAACAGACUCUACACCGCUAGCUUUGACAAAACUGUCAAGAUUUGGGAUGUGGAAUCAAUCCGCAACGUGUCCUGCACUCAUACCUUGCAGCAUGAGUCUCGAGUGUCAGUGAUGUCCGUGUCGAGAUUCAAUCCGCAUAUCUUGGCUACUGGGACGGAAUCAAUUUUGGUCUGGGACACAAAAGAUCCAGAAAAUUUGACAUCGACUCUCCUUCCCUUGGACCGCGAUGCACGAUAUAAGCCCAACUUUGAGUUCUCAUCAACGGCCCUGGCCUGGGGCCAUACUCCGUCGACUGGGGAAUACUUAGCCGGAGGUCUGGCCGAGCCAGGGGAUGAUCCAAUAUACAAAGGCCAUUUGGGCUUAUGGCGAGCCCGCGAAUCCGCAUAUGAGACCAUUAGGAUGUCUUCUAACUCACAAAAUGUCUUCGACAUUAAGUGGCACUCUUCAUUGCCCAUCUUUGCAACGGCCAGUCCUGAGGAUCCUCACAACGCGCGCAUUAAAGGGAUUGGCAUUACCACGAAAUCACUUGUGAGGGUAUUUAGCCUCAACUAUGACCUCCAAAAACGUGUGCCGUCUGUGAUGGAAUUUUCCUGCCCGGCAUUGGAUGUUAAUGAGGUCAGCUUUUGUCCAAUGGAUUCAAACGGCACAUAUGUGACCGCUAGUUGCACAGAUGGCAAAACCUAUGUUUGGGAUAAUCGGAAAGGUGAUAAAAUUCUCCACGAACUUCGCCAUAGGGCCCCCCUUAACCCGAUUGAUCACCAGCGAAGCCGGGAAACGGCAGACGUGGGUGUUAGGGUAGCUCUCUGGGGUUCUUCUAUGGACCAAUUUUAUACCGGUGCCUCCGAUGGUGUUCUUAAACGGUGGGACAUUCGGCGGUCACCCGAAGAUGUUCUCGUUGGGGACGUCGUAGCUUUCGAUGAGGAGGUUAUGUGUGCAGCCUUCACCGAGGAUCAUUCUCAUCUCCUUGUCGGAGGUUCUGGAGGAGGCGUGCAUAUACUAUCAUCGGGUCCUUGUUCGGACCCUAACAUAAAAACUUUCGAGUUCGAACAUGCUCCAGAACCCGAAAAGGCCAGUGAUAGUGGGAUUGUUGUGGGAAACCAGCUCCUCCUAUCUGGCCAGCUUGUCAAGCACGAAACGUUUGGUAUGGGUCAAGGGCCCUCUUACACUGGGCCUUUUGCCUCGUGGGCUAGGAACGUCAAGCAAGAUGUUUCUUCUGACCGAAUCGGGCAGCUCCCUUUGCUCAAGAAGUACCAGAGCCAACAGUUGGAUGGUCCACCACCAGAAGAUCGUCAUGAACUGGACUCGAACCAACGACGAGAGGUUGAGAGACAAAUACAACUUGCGGAAAUACGAAAUCGAGGAUUCCACAAGAGAAAAUGCCAGGAGCAUAAUGAUCCUUCUACGUUCAUCUUCCAAGGCUCUGUAUCGUUGUCUUCCCUUGGCUCUUUCCCAGCAGGGAAGAAGAGGAAGAGAAAAGCCGAGAAAAUGGAAGCGAAAAAAGUGAAAUGGGAAGAGGGUCAAGAGGAGAAUGGACAACACCACAGAAAAGACAACAGAGAGGAGAAAGCCAAAAAGAAAUCUCGGAUGAAAAAGAAGGCUCGCAGGCUCUCCCGUCGGAUAAUCAGCAACACCGAAAACGUUGACUUGACUCUACUCGACUCGGAUGCGGAGACGGGGACGUCACACCGACAGCGGUUUGACCUUGGGGAACUACUUGAGCUUCUUGAGGAAGAUAACUGGUUCCCAGCUAGUGGAGAAAUCGAUCCUAACAUCCAAAAGGAGAUCGUCUAA